AUGUUUAUUUUUCAACAAAGGUUUCUUCUACAGGCCGUCCUGACGGCGGCUCGUCUCUUCCGACGAUGCUUACAAGUUCAACGACUGGUUGCUUUAUCUAAAAUUUUGUUUGUUUGUUUCUUUCUUUCUUUCUUUUAUGGUCAUCUGUAUUUCUUUCUCUUUUUUAUCUAUCUAUCUAUCUAUCUAUCUAUCUAUCUUACUGAUACACAAACUUCUCCCCUCAAAACUAUCAAUCGAUACAUCAGUGAACUUAUAAAACGCGUGAUGUCGGUCUCUUUUGUCUUGGAUGAUAUGUUCUCAUCUACCUAUCUAGCUAGCGAGAUACAUAAGAACACUAUCUAUCUAUCUAUCUAUCUAUCUAUCUAUCUAUCUAUCUAUCUUAGUACAGAUCCACUUUCUUUUCUCACGUGUCGUAAUCAUUCACGUGUCAUAAUCAUUCAAAUAUAUCCUCUCGCAUCAUUCAACAUUUUUAUCUCGCGUCAUCAUUCUAAAUUUUACUUUCCCAUCAUCGUUCAAUAUUUUCCUUUCUCAACGUCAUUCAGCAUUUUCUUCUACCGUCAUUAUUCAAAAAUAUUCCUCUCACAUCAUUCAAUAUUUUUCUCUCCAUUAAUCAUUCAAAAUGUUCCUUUUCCCGUCGUCAUUAAAUAUUUUCCUCUCUCGUCAUUAUUCAAAAAUAUCAUUCUCUCGCCAUCAUUCAAUAUUUUCCUCUCCCUUCAUCGUUCAAAACAUCCCUCUCUCGCAAUCAUCCAAUAUUUUCCUCUCCCUUCAUCAUUCAAAAUAUCAUUCUCUCGCCAUCAUUUAAUAUUUUCCUCUCCCUUCAUCAUUCAAAACAUCCCUCCCUCGCCGUCAUUCAAUAUUUUCCUCUCCCUUCAUCAUUCAAAAUAUCAUUCUCUCGCCAUCAUUCAAUAUUUUUCUCUCCCUUCAUCAUUCAAAAUAUCAUUGUCUCGCCGUCAUUCAAUAGUUUUCUCUCCCUUCAUCAUUCAAAAUAUCAUUCUCUCGCCAUCAUUUAAUAUUUUUUCUCCCUUCAUCAUUCAAAACAUUCCUCUCUCGCCAUCAUUCAAUAUUUUUCUCUCCCUUCAUCAUUCAAAAUAUCAUUCCCUUGACAUCAUUUAUUAUUUUCCUCUCCCUUCAUCUUUCAAAUGUUUCUUCUCUCAUCGUUUAACAUUUUCAUCCAUUAUUAUUCAACAAUUUCUUUCUUCCAUCAUUAUUCAACAUUUUCCUCUUGCAUUAUCAUUCAAAUUUUCCUCUCACAUCUUCGUUCAAUAUUUUAUUCUUCAAUAA